UGUAACCGCGGCUGUCAUCCGGGCUGCUGGGAGGCAUGAGGGGAUGCUGCUGCAGAAAUGGAGUUGAAUUAAAAAAGAAACAACCAAAACCGCGAAGUAACGGACGGAGUUUGAGAAGACAAAGGCGAGGGGAGGGUGGUUCUCCGUGUGAAGGCGGGGGUUCGGCCGGGAAUUAAAGCUUGGAAGUGUUAGAGAGAGCCGGGUGAAGAUGAAGCUGCUGAAGCCGAGCUGGGUCAGCCACAACGGUAAGCCGAUAUUUUCAGUGGACAUCCAUCCAGAUGGGACGAAAUUUGCAACCGGCGGACAAGGAGAGGAUUCUGGGAAGGUGAUGAUCUGGAACAUGGCUCCAGUCCUGCGAGAGGAGGACGAGAAGAACGAGAACAUUCCCAAGAUGCUUUGCCAGAUGGACAAUCACCUAGCGUGUGUGAACUGUGUGCGCUGGUCCAACAACGGCCUGUACCUGGCAUCAGGAGGAGACGACAAGCUGGUCAUGGUGUGGAAGAGAGCAGCGUUCAUCGGUCCAAGCACCGUGUUCGGGUCGAGCAGUAAGCUGGCCAACGUGGAGCAGUGGAGAUGUGUCACCAUCCUGAGGAACCACACUGGAGACGUGAUGGACGUGGCGUGGUCUCCCCAUGACGUGUGGCUGGCCUCCUGCAGCGUCGACAACACCAUCGUCAUCUGGAACGCACGCAAAUUCCCAGAGAUGGUGACGUGUCUGCGCGGACACACCGGCCUGGUCAAAGGCUUGACGUGGGACCCCGUGGGGAAAUACAUCGCCUCGCAGGCCGACGACCACAGCCUCAAGGUGUGGAGGACCAUGGACUGGCAGCUGGAGACCAACAUCACCAAGCCGUUCAGCGAGUGCGGCGGGACGACCCACGUCCUGCGUCUGUCCUGGUCUCCAGACGGUCAGUAUCUGGUCUCGGCUCACGCCAUGAACAACUCGGGUCCCACCGCUCAGAUCGUGGAGAGAGACGGCUGGAAGACCAACAUGGACUUUGUGGGCCACCGUAAAGCCGUCACUGUGGUGAAAUUCAACCCAAAGAUUUUCAAGAAGAAGCAGAAGAACGGCGGCUCUCCGAAGCCCAGCUGUCCGUACUGCUGCUGCGCCGUCGGCAGCAAAGACCGGUCGCUCUCCGUCUGGCUGACCUCUCUGAAGCGCCCCCUGGUGGUGAUCCAUGACCUGUUUGAUAAAUCCAUCAUGGACAUUUCCUGGACUCUGACAGGCCUGGGGAUCUUGGUGUGCUCUAUGGACGGUACGGUGGCCUAUCUGGACUUCUCACUGGACGAACUGGGAGACCCACUGAACGAGGAGGAGAAGAACACCAUCCACCAGAACAUCUACGGGAAGAGUCUGGCGAUCACCAGCACCGAGGCCCAGCUCUCCACCACCAUCAUCGAGAACCCGGAGAUGCUGAAGUACCAGCAGGAGCGGCAGAACGCGGCGCAGGCCGGCUCGGGGCCGGGCGGCGCCGGCCUGGAGUCCACAGCGCCCAAACUGAACAGCGUGAUGAACGGAGAGUCGCUGGAGGACAUCAGGAAGAAUCUCCUGAAGAAGCAGGUGGAGACGAGGACCGCCGACGGCAGGAGACGCAUCACACCGCUGUGUAUCGCCCAGCUGGACACCGGGGAUUUCUCUCCCGCUCUGUUCAACAGCGUUCCCAUCCUGCCCGGCUCCUCGAUGCCCAGCCAGCUGACGCCCCAGCUCAGCUCCGACUCCAGCCAGGGUCAGGCCUCCUCUCUGGGGCUGCGGCCGAGCCACGACACCCUGCUGACCUCCCCUCCGCCCAGCAGCUCCACCAAAGGCCUGGAGGACAACAAGGACGGCGUGAAACAGAGUCUCCUGCUGACUUCGGCCUCCAAGAUCGAGCCGAUGAAAGCUCUGGACUCCAGGUUCACCGAGAGGUCAAAGGCCACGCCGGGCGUCACAGCCGUCAUCUCCUCCACCGCAGGCCUCACCCCGCUGGACAGCAGGGCGAAGGACGGCAGCUCCAUCCUGAAAGACGUGAAGAACAAAGAGGAGACGAGCAGCGACAGCGAGGACAAGAUGGCCGCCAUCAACAAGAACCUGUCGUUCACCAAGAGGAAGGCAGACCUGCUGAUGGACGGAGGCGAGGUGGUGGAGAAGAGGAAGAAGGGCCGGCCCAGGAAGGACAAGAUGGCCACGCCCAUUUCACAGCCCUUCACACAGUUGACUCCUCCGACGGAGCGAGAGCCGAGCCGAGCGGCAGCCACUCCGGCUCCCGUCGCUGCUCUCAAGCUGCCAACACCCAGCAUACAGAAGGCCUUCAGCCUGCAGGUGAGCAUGGAGCCCUCCGUGUUCCUGGAGGUGGAGAACGACGUGUCGGUGGUCGCCGGGUCGAAGCUCAGCCAGCUGCGAUGUUCGAGAGACGGGCGAGAGUGGGACACGCUGCUGCCCAGCUCGGUCGUCACGGCUGCAGGGAGCAGUGAUGUCAUCGCGGUGGCGUGCGAGGACAGGAUGUUGUCGGUGUUCUCCUCCUGUGGGCGUCGGCUGCUUCCUGCCAUCCAGCUGGCCACGCCCAUGUCGGCCCUGCACUGCUCCAGUCACUUCGUCAUGGCUCUGACCGCCGGAGCCAGGCUCUCCGUCUGGGACGUCCAGAAACAAACGGCUCUGGUGAAGAACGAAUCUCUGCUCACCAUCAUGUCAGGAGCGGACACCACGGUGUCUCAGUCUCUGCUGACCCAGCAGGGCGUUCCUGUCAUCGGCCUGUCCAGCGGCAAGUCGUACUGCUUCAACUCCUCACUGGAGACAUGGACUCUGAUAGCAGAUAAAGGAGACUCUCUGGUUCAAUGCGCUGACUUCAGGAGCUGCCUGCCUUCCCAUGAUGCACCUGUGUCCUCAGGACCCCUGGCUGUCAUGCAGGGACGCAACCUCAACGCGGGCCGCCUGGCGUCCCGUCUGUCCUCCACGCCUCACCACCUGCAGCAGAGCAUGACGCUGGCCUUCCUGGAGAACCAGCUGGCGGCCGCUCUGACUCUGCUGUCGGCGCAGGAGUACCGCUACUGGCUGCUCAUCUACGCACGCUUCCUCGUCAACGAAGGCUCGGAGUAUCGUCUCAGAGAGCUGUGUAAGGAGCUGCUGGGUCCCGUCCACAAAUCUGCUGCUACGGCCUGGGAGCCGACCACUCUGGGUCUGAGGAAGCGGGAGUUGCUGCGGGAGCUGCUGCCCGUCAUCGGUCAGAACCUCCGAUUCCAGAGACUGUUCACCGAGUACCAGGAGCAGCUGGAGCUGCUGCGCAACAAAUAACACACACACACAGACACACGCACACACACACACACACACACGUGGACUCACCUUGAAGCCUGGUCCGACUCUGUACAGGAUGACAUCAGAGCUAAACUGUCCCGGAUGAACUCUGAGCUCCGGACGUCCUGCUGGAUGUUUCUCCCCACGUGAACGACGUCACUCCAUGUUGUCACCAGGAGGCGGGACGUCCCGGUGCUGCUGGUCCCUGGGCAGCAGGGGGGUGUGGUGUUCACUUUGAUUUUUUAUUUUUGGGUUGAAGAGUCACCGUCUUCUGUCCUGUCUCAUGUUUUUCUGACCUCCGCACGUCCUGCCCUGCUAAUCACGGCAAUUCUCUUGAAAAACGUCGCUUUUGCGUGAGAGACUGGAACAGAAAAGGUUGCAGGUUCGAUUCCCGUCACUGACACUGCGAGUCCAUCAGCAGCCAAGUGUGCUCUCCGUUUAGUGAGGCGUUCAAGACGCCUGCCCCCCUCAGCUGUUUUACAAAAAAAAAAAAAAAGCGUUGUUUGGCCGAACACUAAUUAAAGACGCCUGUCUGUGAAUCUGAGUGAUGUGAUGCAGUUGCACCAAAGUGAAGCCUCGUCAUGUUAAAAUGAGAAAACACACCAGGGAACAGGGAACAUUCAAACCCAGAUAUACAAGUGUUUUCUUCUAUUCAGACAAAUGAAGAGGAUGAGCUGUUCAUACCUGCUUGACAGUUUCGACUGUAUGUCAAGCAGGUAUGAACAGCUCAUUCUCUUCAUUUGUCUGAAUAGAAGAAAACACUUAUAUAUCGCAAUAGAAGGCAAAAUGAACUUAAUCAGUUGGAUUCAAACCCAGAGGUCGACCGGGGCGCGGUUUGAAGGCUGAGGCUGGUGUGUGAUCAUUUGUGAAUAAAUGAAAUAUCUUUAAUUUUGACCAUUACUGUGCCAAAUUCUGAAGUCAGCAGUUUUAUUCGGGUCAAGGUCGAAAAGAAUUUAGGUCAUCAGUGUAACAAACAAUACUUCUCAGAUUUGUGUGGAAUCAGCGCGGUGCUUCCCCACAGACAUGAGUAAUCAAUCAAACAGCAUCACGUCCCUCCGAUCCCCGGGGUUUCAGAUUUAUCGGAGGAAAAAACUUGCAGCUGAUGUGACGCCGUGAACGUCCUGCAGGGGAAAGCGCUCUUGAUCCAGAUGAGACGUGAGAAAAUGUAAAGUUUCUGCUCUGCUCUGAGAAAACAAGGAGGCACAAGAGGAAGGUUUCCAGAGCCGGAGCAGGAUGACUUGAAUUUUACCAAAAUCUAUGAAAUCAAGAAGGUCCCAGCUGCUGCUCUGAAUCUGGUUUAGAUGAGAUUUUUUUUUUUUUUUUCUUUCAUGAGCAGCCAUCACUAGUUUUUUAUCUCACAGUAAUCAUGACUACAGUAUGUGGACUGUCAGAAAAACGGAAACCUUCUGUCAGAAAUAUCAUUGACGUUUCCGGUUUCCAACCACAACCCUGCAGCUUUUCUCCCACACGGCGUCAAGAGCGGCCAAAGCGCGUAAACUUUGGCUGUUGUUGGUGAAUUCCCCAGAUGAAAGGCGACAAAUCCUGAAGUCAAAACGUUGCAGUAAUUCAGUUCAUUUCAUGGAUAAGGAUUUAGAAAGUGAUUUUUCUGAUGUGACUUGAACGCAGCAUUAGACUGGGCUUUGAGCUCAGACGGGCAGCAGCGUAAUUUAUGUUUGUGUGUGUGUGUGUGUGUGUGUGUGUGUCCAUUUCCCCUGACCGUUUUGUAAAUAGAAUAAUAUCGGUGCUACAACAUGUCAUGUAAAGCCAGAAACUGUCACUCCUGCAGCUCCUUGUUCUGUUCGUCUCUGUUGUCGGGGGGGAAAGUCCGUUUUUUUCAGGACUGAGGAGAUUUUUGGGUUUUUUUUUUUUUUUCCACAGACGCUCCUGAACUGUUGAUGUUUUGCAGGUUUAAAGGGCCUGAAGGUCACAGAACUCAGUCCAACAUCAGCUGUAAAAAAAAAACUCUAUUCAGAUAAGAAAGAAAACACAAAUGAUGAUUCCCUCUGCCUCCUCUGUGUGUGUGUGUGUGUGUGUGUGUGUGUGCGCGCGUGUGGAUGGGUGUGUGCGUGCGUGCAUGUGUGAGUUCUGUAUUAAAACGGUCGCUGUGAGCUUUGGAAGCUUGUUUACUGAACUGCGCCACCGUGUGGAGCCCAGAGGAAAAACAGCCCUUCCCUUUCUUUACUAAUCUGUACAGUAGUUUUGUUUCUUUUCUUUUCUUUUCUUUGUUUUGUUUUGUUUUGCUGUUAAGUCAUUUAUAAAUGUUUGUAAAAGGCAAUUUUUUUGUUUCAAUUUUCUAAAAAAAAAAAAAAAAAAAAAAUUGGGUGAAGUCGUGUCGAUGAGCCACAGUUUUGUGUUUUUUGAGAAAGUGAAAAUUAAAGGAUGGAGAACAGUUGGGUUUUGGUAA